AUGCUGAUAAAAUACUUAAAUUCUAAAAAGAGCGGCUUGAGUUACGUCUGCCCGCCACAGCAGUUUCGAGAAGGGAACGACUCAAGCGCAGAUAUGACUAUGAAAGACAAAAUUAAGUCCAUAAAGGAACAACACGUACAAGCUCCCACCCUAACUCGGAUGAUCCGCAAGGAUCUCUAG